UUACGUACAAGUACGACUAGGGGCGACGGAAGACGGACAUGGCGAAUCCAAAGAGAGACGAAUUGAAUCAAAUCCUUGUUGGUUAUCACAACACCAUCAAAGAUACUCUUCAGUUUUUUUCUUUUUUUUUGGUUUCGUGUUUUUGUAAUGGAAAUUGAAACUCCGAUUUAGAGACGUAUUUUGUGAUUUUCUUUUGCAGAUGUUCGACCAAGUUCCAUCUCUUACACAAGACAAAUUAAACUGGAACGAUGUCCUUGAGAUUUCUGAUCACCUCUCAAAACAAGCCACCAUAGUGGGAAUGCUAUGGAUUGGAGAACAACCUCCACAAGCUGAAGCACUGAAGGAGGCUAUGGGGUCAUACUUUAACGCUCUUCAAGGAUUUUUGCUGCAUUGUCAUGGAAGCAUGGCUGGUGCUGGGAUUACACUUUCUUCAUCCAUACAAGCCUCUGUGAAACAAAUUGUCGAUUCCAGAUUUUUGCAGGGUUCUGUCUCUCUAUACGAAGGAACAUAUGAGAAAGGUAGGAAGCCGUCGAUUCCGCAGCUUGCAGGAGCAGUGUGGGAAGCAUGCUCAAAUCUGAAGAAGGUGCCUGCAACUAACAUCAAAGCGAUUGGAAGGGCGAUGACACUGGUCGCUGUUUCCAUGAAAGAUGUUCUUAGGGAAAUGAAAGAACUGAAGCCAGCUUGUUCUUCAUCCGAGCCUGAUGAUGCUUACACAAAUGCUGAAAGCCUAACUCCAAACUCAGUUGAAGAUGAAGAUGAUUUAGUCGAUAACUUGUCUCCUGAAGAAUUUGAAGUUGCUAAAAUGGUAGCUGAUAUCGUGUCUGAGACACUUUUGGUAAUAAAAGAGCUUAUCCGUACUAUCACAGGCAUGAUCAAGCUGGAGAAUCCAACGGAUAACGGUGGGUUUGUGGACUCUCUUGAGAAACUACUGAAGUUGUGUCAAGGAACCAGUGUACAUAUUGACGAGCUUGGAGCUUGCGUUUACCCACCACAAGAGUGUGGUCUCAUGAAACAAACAGGGGAAAGAAUAAAGGCAAAUAUUGGUGAGAUUGAGGCUGUUGCUAAGGGUUUUAAGAAUUUUUCAUCAGAAGCUUUAUUGGGAACUUGCAGAAGGCUACAAAUAUUGAUUGAACAUAUGGAAACUGAACUGGACACCGGAACUAAAGCUGAAGUAGUUUGCAAAAUGCAAAAUGUUACUCUCUAG